AUGAAAGGAACAUCAGAAAAACUCAAAAGUAAAAGCAAUCUUAAAACCAAUAACAGAGAAAUAUCAGAAAAAUUUAAAAGUAAAAGCAACUUUAAAACUGGUAAAAAGUGGAAUAUUGGAAAAAUUCAAAAAGCCAAAGCAACCUUAAGACCAGAAAACAAACCAGGACUUAAUAGAACAGCCUUGUCUCCAAAACUCAUGGAAGUAGAACCAAAUCCACAAUCAACAGAAGAAGCCACCAAAAUGGAUUCAGCCAAGCUACAGCUACUGCUCGAUAAGUUUACCAAAACGUUUGAAGACACAACAACUAGGAUAAUCAAUGCAGAGUCAUUUGAACAAGCUGCUGAAACCAACAAUUGGAGCAAAAAAAGAAGGAUUACAAUUGUUGUGGGUUAUCUUAGUGAUCUAGCAGCAGAUUGGUACUGCGAAAAUAAGGGAAAAAUUAAGUAUUGGAAUGAGGAAAGUCACCCAACUGAGAGCUUCUUCCAUCUGUUAUCUAUGUUUUUUGCAACACCUGAACAGCACCACCAUUGGCAAAUAGAAUUGAAUGCCCUCAUACAGAAACCAGGAGAGAAAGUCGACUCUUAUGCUACGAAAUUUAAAAGACUCUUGCCAACCUUUAUUACUAUGAUGGCCCCAAAAACAUUGGAUAAUGCUAUCGUGUAUGCGCGAAAGGUGGAAGCAGGUGACUACUAUGGACAACAAGCAGCAGUACACCAAGCACCUUUAAAAAUUGAGAACGAUAUGGAAAACUUGGAUAUAUGUCCUAACCAAGUUAUGUCUAAAAGAGUAAACUAUUGUAACAUGGGUGAAGAUGAUGAUGAUAUAUUGGGAGACUCAAGGAAAAAAGCGAAAAGUAUCACACUCCCCCCACCCAUGGUAGUUAUUGCAGGACCCUCAUCCCAAAGCAAUAAAAUAAUGAAUGAAGUGGCCCCUGCCCCCCCUGAAGGUCCUACCAACCCCUGUCGUAAACGAGGACCAUCCAUCAUUGAUAAAAUUGAACUAUACAACAUUGCCAAUGACCUCUUAGCAGCAAAGUCUAAUGCAAUGUUUGGACAACUUCUACAAUAUCCCAACCAAAAAAGGAACCUGGCAAAAGCCCUCAGAAGACCACCCCAUACUAAGGAAGCAAACCUUGUAGACCCCCAACCUCAACAAUGA